AUGAUAAAUGUUUCAUCUACUUUUAGAAGUCCAAAGAAGAAUAAGUAGGACAUCAACGAGUUAUUGACAAUCAUCGAUGUGUUUAAAAAAAACCAGAAAAUAUAUUUAUCUUAGAAUCCUAAACUGAUUUCAAACAUUCAAUAUGAUGAACCCUCAUAACUUGCCUCAAUCAAUGAAACCUUACCCAACAAAAGUAAAAACAAGAAGAGUCGAUCCACAGAAUAGGUCAAUUUGAAAUUGAUAUUAGAAACUUGGUAAGCUAAAUAAAUUUAUAUCAAAGAUAAUAUUGUUUCAUAAAAUAUCUCAAGAAACAUUAUUAAUGAUCCUGAUAACUUGUAAUCCUUCAAAUAUUAUUAUGGCAAAAAGCAACAAUUAGCAAUCACUAAAUCAUAAUAAAAUUAAUAGUUUCAUUCAUAAAGAACCAACAGCAUUUCUAAAAACAAUCAAACACAAAUUAAAUUGCCUCCACUAAAAUCCAUAAGCAAAUUACUCGCAACUGAAUCUGACAAUAAGCCUAAGAGUACUUUGGGAUCCAUCACCAAGAAAAUGUUUUCUUCAGACAAAGCCUUAUCCCAAGAUGUGUAUAUGCCUACUGCCAUAAGUAUAUUGUUUGUAUUUAUUGUCAUAGGAGUUCCUCCAAUAAAUCUGCCCAAAAUAGUUUUGAAUAAAACUUAAGAAUGA